CAAGGGCUCGGCAAAACUCGGCUCCUGACGGGCCGAGGCCUUGCCUUGCCUUUCCCUCCUCCUCCUCCGGUUAACGGUCGCUGCCAGUUUAAAUGAGACGGGGGCCGGGUCGCCAUUACUACUACAACUCCUACUACUACUACUAUUAUCCCCGCCGCGUCACCCGCUGAGGCGGAGCCUGGCCAGAGGAGGCAGAGGCGGAGGGGGGAGAAGGGGGCGCCCUCUCCCCACCUCCAACAUCCGGGUCCUUUCCCUCAAGGGGCAGCAGCAGCGGCGGCGGCAGCGGGGGCAGCAGGAUGACGGUGCUGCAGGAACCCGUCCAGGCUGCUAUAUGGCAAGCACUUAACCAUUAUGCUUAUCGAGAUGCAGUGUUUCUGGCAGAGAGACUAUAUGCAGAAGUUCACUCAGAAGAUGCCCUGUUCUUAUUGGCAACCUGUUACUAUCGCUCAGGAAAAGCAUACAAGGCAUACAGGCUCCUUAAAGGACACAGCUGUACCACCCCACAGUGUAAAUAUUUACUUGCCAAGUGCUGUGUUGACCUCAGCAAACUUGCAGAAGGAGAACAGAUUCUGUCUGGUGGAGUGUUCAACAAACAGAAAAGCCACGACGACAUUGUGACAGAGUUUGGUGACUCUGCAUGCUUCACACUUUCGCUCCUGGGGCAUGUGUACUGCAAAACAGAUCGGCUUGCCAAAGGAUCUGAAUGUUACCAAAGGAGCCUUAGUUUAAAUCCUUUCCUCUGGUCCCCUUUUGAAUCAUUAUGUGAAAUAGGUGAAAAGCCAGAUCCUGACCAAACAUUUAAGUUAACAUCUAUACAAAACUUCAGCAGCUGCUUGCCUAACACAUGCACAACAGUGGUGUCUAAUCACAGCAUACCCCACAGACAGCCAGAGACAGUUCUUAUGGAAACACCACAAGACACACUUGAAUUAAACAGACUCAACCUGGAGUCCUCCAACUCUAAAUAUUCCUCCAACACAGAUUCCUCCAUCUCUUAUAUUGACUCAGCUGUAAUUUCACCAGAUGCUGUACCUCUUGGAUCAGGAACUGCCUUCUUAACUAAACAGGCUCAAAACAAACCAAAAACUGGCCGGAGUCUUCUGGGUGGACCAGCUGCUCUGAGUCCAUUAACACCAAGCUUUGGAAUCCUGCCAUUAGAAACCCCUAGUCCCGGAGAUGGAUCCUAUUUACAAAACUGCACAAAUUCUUCUUCCGUAAUUGAUGUGCCACCUCCAGGAGCCCCUUCCAAGAAGACUGUCACCAGAAUAACCCAAGGUGGAACAAAGUCUGUCUUCUCACAAAGUGGCAAUAGCCGGGAAGUAACGCCAAUCCUUGUUGCACAAACGCAAAGUUCAGGCCCACAGACAAGUACUACACCUCAGGUAUUGAGCCCAACCAUUGCUGCUCCACCUAAUGUGCUGCCUCGAAGAAGUUCACGCCUCUUCUCUAGUGAUAGUUCUACAACAAAGGAGAAUAGUAAAAAGUUAAAAAUGAAGUUUCCACCUAAAAUUGCAAACCGAAAGACAAAGUGUAAAACCAAUAAGGGAGGGAUCACACAGCCCAACAUUAAUGACAGUUUGGAAAUCACCAAACUUGACUCGUCCAUCAUUUCUGAAGGAAAGAUUGCCUCUGUAACACCGCAAAUCCAGGCAUUCACAUUACAGAAAGCAGCAGCAGAAGGUUUGAUGAGCCUUCUUCGUGACAUGGGGAAAGGAUAUUUAGCACUAUGUUCGUACAAUUGUAAAGAAGCAAUUCAUAUACUGAGUCAUUUGCCUUCUCAUCACUACAACACGGGCUGGGUACUGUGCCAUAUUGGAAGAGCUUACUUUGAGCUUGCAGAAUAUAUGCAGGCUGAAAGGAUAUUCUCUGAAGUAAGAAGGAUUGAAAACUACAGAGUAGAAGGCAUGGAAAUCUACUCAACAACACUGUGGCAUCUGCAGAAGGAUGUGGCUCUUUCAGUUCUUUCAAAAGACUUAACUGAUAUGGAUAAAAAUUCACCAGAGGCAUGGUGCGCUGCAGGAAAUUGCUUCAGCUUGCAACGAGAACAUGACAUUGCCAUCAAGUUCUUCCAGAGAGCCAUUCAAGUUGAUCCAAAUUAUGCUUAUGCCUACACUCUCCUAGGGCAUGAAUUUGUGCUGACGGAGGAACUUGAGAAAGCCUUAGCCUGCUUUAGAAAUGCAAUUAGAAUGAAUCCUAGGCACUAUAAUGCUUGGUAUGGUUUGGGAAUGAUUUACUACAAACAGGAGAAGUUCAGCCUUGCAGAAAUGCAUUUCCAGAAAGCACUUCAUAUCAACCCUCAGAGCUCUGUCUUAUUGUGCCACAUUGGAGUCGUUCAGCAUGCUCUGAAGAAAUCUGAAAAGGCUUUGGAUACUCUGAACAAAGCCAUUAAUAUUGACCCCAAGAACCCCCUCUGCAAAUUCCAUAGAGCCUCAGUAUUGUUUGCAAAUGAAAAGUACAAGUAUGCUUUACAAGAACUUGAAGAACUGAAGCAGAUUGUACCCAAAGAGUCUCUUGUUUACUUCUUGAUAGGAAAGGUUUAUAAAAAGCUGGGACAGACCCAUCUUGCACUGAUGAACUUUUCCUGGGCAAUGGACUUGGAUCCCAAGGGAGCCAACAACCAGAUCAAAGAGGCAAUUGAUAAACGGUACCUACCUGAUGAUGAAGAGCCUGUAACCCAAGAGGAGCAGAUCAGUGAAUGUUGUCCAUAUGAGUCAGUUGGCACAGAUGAGUCCCAGGCCAGCAGCAUGACCGAUGCAGACGACACGCAACUCCAUGCAGUAGAAAGUGAUGAAUUUUAACCAUGAAAGGUGGAUUCCAAACCUGGAGGUGUGACUGACUGAUACUACUGGAUUCUUCCCUUCUCUUCCUGCCACAGAGGCAGCAUCGCUCUAAUGCUCUACCAACACCCCAUGCACAUCAUUCAUCAGAAUAUAAUUGACACAGAAUUAAUGGCAGUACAUUUGGGGUCAUUCUUUGAGUCUGAAUCUUUGUUUUCAUCUUUGUAAACACGAUUCUUUGAGGAGGAAAGACUUUUUUUUAAAACCUCCCUUUCAUUGGCAAACUUAUCAUGGAAGAAAGAUUUGCAAUGCAGGAGCUGGGAGAUGUAAGGAAGGAGCUGAUGAAGCAAUGUGUUGCUCUUUCCCAGAAAUGUGUCUUAGUUUUGGAUCUUUUCUCUGCAGAAAGCAGAGAGCUGAAUUUCUCCAUUUUCACAUCCUUCAGAGACAGUUGUGGACGUACAGAGUUGGAAUGUGUAAAAGACAUUUCUGAAUACCAUUAGAGUGUAACUUAAAUGUCAGAGAAUGUAAAUGACCUUAAAAACAGCUGUUUCUCCUGUGAACAAAUCCAUUACAGAAUAUAUAAAUCCCACUUGACCCUGUUUCUAAAUUUGUCAACUUGCCAGGAUAGAGACUUCCAUAGAAUACUUUAGUAUUCCUACCAGGAGUUAACUUCAUCAAAUUGAGUUCCAAAGCAAUCAGUUGCUGGUAUUCAUAAACAAGUCGGUGAUGUAUUCCUGGCUGCUUGUCAGGUGCUCUUGCAAAUGCAUCUGACACUUGAAAUUCUUAUUGCAGUUGUAAACUCCUUGAGAAAAUAAGUGUAUAGAUCUGCAGUGUUGAAAGGAUCCAAUGAAAUAAGUCCCCAAUAACAGAGAUUGCCAAGAAGACAAUGGAAGCCUUAAUCCAAUCAAAACCUUACAAUGGUGGGGCAUCCCACACCUGUUUGCGGCAGUACCCCCUCCAAAAUUAUUUUGUAAAGUGUUGUCUGAAAGAACAGAUGCAAAAAAAAAAAAAUUGUAUUUAUCUGUCUCUUUUUUUGUUUUGUUUUGUUUUGUUUUGUUUUUUUUAAUCCUGUAAGUUUGAGUACUUCCUCUAUGACGUCUUGUAGGAAUUUAGACCCCAGGAGGCUAUUUCUGUGAGGAAGGAUGCUAGGCUGUGUUAAAGAAGCCAAAAUCUUCCUCCUUUGUAGCUCUCCUGCAACAAAGGUUGGUUGGCCUUUGUGCAGUGACCAUCAAGAAAGUGUAUGAUAACCUUACAGUUUUAAAGAGCAAAUUAUGCACAAUAAAAUGGUUUAAAUUUCA